UUCUCAGUUAUUCUGGAAUCUGUGAACUGAAUUACUGCCCUUCUCCCAGAAGAAUAGUCUACAUUUCAUCUGUGGAAGCAAGGAGCUGGACUUUCUGGCAGAAAGUAGAAGAGGAACUUUCUCUUCUCCGGAGCUGUGUGUCCUUUGGUUUCUCAAUCCUCCCCGGGCAAAGAAAGAGGAAUUUCCUGAAGAGGACUCAAGUAAAAUAAGCCAUUUCUUCUUGUCGUGGUUCUUUGAAGCUCUCCACGGCUUGAAAAACUGCGAUUGCUGUGCAGAAACUAGAAAUCACACUUUGUCUACCACAACCUUUGGAGCGAUCUCAGCAGGCAGGAAGUGAAAUGGUCUUGAAACAGAUGGGAGUGCAGCUGCUUUGACAGGACUCGGCAAGCAUUUAGGAGAACAAGAGGCCCUUCAGAAGGGGUGAAGUCUUAGUGUUUUCUCAUCUUGAAGAGCAAGACAGUGUAAAAAAAAAAAAACCAACAAAACCCAACAAUCAUCAGCAAAAUAAAAGCACCCCGAGACAUUGGAGCUGCUUGGUUGGAUGAAGUAGCUCGACCCUCACAGCCUGAGGAUCUGAAGCUGGUGGAAGAAGCGGAAAAAGAUGACUGAGGAGGUCAACCUACAUUUCCUCCAGGAACUGGAACGAGAGAUAGUCCUACAGGUCCUGUACCGUGACCAGCUGGUCCAGAAGGUUGAGGAAGAACGGAUAAGGAAGCUGAGACUGCAGCUGCAACAGCUCCGAUGGAGAGGAGCAAAGAGCGCCAGCCAGAACUACCGUCAGAGCUCCUGUGCCCGCUGCCACGGGGCGCUGGGACUGCUGAUGAACCGAGGGGCCGUGUGCCAAGGCUGCAGCCACCGUGUCUGCUCCCAGUGCCGCCUGUUCCUGGAGAACACCCGGCUGUGGAAGUGCACCGUAUGCUUCGCCGAUGGAGAUGUGAAAGCCAAAACCGGAGAAUGGUUUUUUGAGGAGCGGGCCAAGAAAUUUCCGACUGAAGGCAAACAUGAAACAACUGGCGCAAAACUGUUGAAAUCUUAUCAGAAACUAAGCAAAAUUUCAGUGGUUCCUCCCACGCCACCUCCUUUCAGUGAAACUCAGUAUGGUGCCUGCAACCAAGGGGAACUUGGCCAAACCAGAGGAUUUAAUAAGUCCAUCGAAAAUUUAUUUCUUUCUCUUACCACACACAUGAAAAAAGUCUCCCAAUCUCAGAAUGACAUGACAACCAGCAGAGGUCUACUAACCACCAAUUACAAGAGGAGUUUGGACCGGCAGAACGAGAGGAGAAGUCAAUCUGACACGGCCAUCAACUUGACCAAGCAGUAUUCUAUUUUACAGAUAGAGGCUUCACCAAAACUUCUCCAACUUAUAAAUCAAGAGGAUCCUAAAACCUCUACCAGCAUCACUUCGAAGAGGAAAGAAGAUGGGUCAUCGAGCCCUACUCACAGCACCGUCUUUUCGGGAGGCAAGAAACAUGGUAGUUUGAUCAGCCUUAACAGCACCUGUACCGAAGCGGGCAACUUCGACAAGGCUGACGUCACUGGAGAAAUAGAAUUUGCCAUCCGCUACAUCUUCAAAACCCGCACUCUGGAAGUCUGCGUCAAGGCCUGCAAGAACCUGGCCUACGGAGAAGAAAAGAAAAAGAAGUGCAACCCGUAUGUAAAGUCUUAUUUGCUACCCGACAAAUCAUCUCAAGGAAAACGGAAGACAAGUGUCAAAAAGAACACGGUGGAUCCUGCCUUCCAUGAGACUUUAAAGUAUCUCGUGGAUCAUGCCCAGCUAGUGACGCGGUUGUUGCAGAUCUCAGUGUGGCACCGAGGGACUCUCACGCGAAGGGUGUUUCUGGGAGAGGUGUUGAUUCCUCUGGCCUCCUGGAACUUCGAAGACCACAGAACUCAGGCAUUCCACUGGUAUCAGCUCAAAGCCAAGGCUGAGAGGUGUAACGACGACCCAGAUCGUUAUCCCGGACAGCUGACUCCAUGGGCGAAACCGAUCACCCUGGCUAUGGGCAGCAAGUCCCGAUCUGAGAAGCAAGGGCCAGGAGGAAGUGACCGCCCACCCCCUCCCGAUGGACAACUGUGCCUGGUGACCCUAGGUGCCAGGAAUGUACCCACGAGGUCCGAAUGUACUCUAAACUCACUUAAGGGAGGAGGAACCAGCUGACAGAUCGGACCCCCCCUACGCACAAUCAAAAGUGGCAAAAAACACUUGCCCGCCCCAAUCCGUGUGGACACAUAUUACUGUUAUACUGCAUUAAAUCAAGGGCUUCACUUAUUCCACGCAGCUUCGGGGCCACUGGGGAAAAAAGGCAGUUGGUCUUACCUAGCAGAAGGCAGAGGAGGGGCUUCAUCUCUGCCAGGGCCAGUCAGAGACUCAAAUGGCCCACAGCCAACAGAUCAUCGAGUGGAAGCACCCAUCUUCUGUCCCUCUCUCCCCUCCCAAACGUUUCACUUGGGAAAACAUACUAUGGCCAUUCGAUGUCGCCAAUGAUCUAUUUAAUGUAUAUCCGCUCGUAUCUAAUAAGUUAAAUUGAGGGUAAGUGCUGUGUAAAGAAAUAAGUUAAGUAAUUACGAGUGAUGUAAUCUGUUCUUUUUCCUUAAAAGCCACCGGGUCUUUCAUCCCUGGAGUUUUAGCGCUCACUCAGCAGGGGCUGACUGUCCCUCAGAGCUCAGUUUGCACAGGGAAAAUCUGAGCAAACACAUUCCGAGGAGGCUACUUGUGGAGAGGCAGCACUCUAAUAAACAUUUCACAGUGAAAUACCGGAUUGAAAAGUACCUCUUCUAAAGGCAAAACUUUCAACCUGAAUAGGCCCUACUCUAGAGAGCUCUUUUCAGAGAGACCCCAGGCCCAGCCCUACUGCAAUAUUUUAUUUGUGCGUUACACUUA